GGACAUCGUCACAUUCCUCACAACGCCAGGAACACGUCCUUCUCUCCCUCUCCCUACCUCCUCCCAGGAGUCAUGGUCGGUCGUAUACCCGCGACACCAUCCUGAAUACUGUAGCUAUCCUCCACCAUGGCUGUCUCGUCCUUUGACGCGAUGAACAGCUCACGCCUGCUCUCAUCCUCCGUGUCCUCCCUAUCCGGCAGCCGACAGCAAUCCUCACAGAUCGCCAAAGCCUAUCGACAGGCUGCUCAACUAUUCCUCACGCGUCGCUUGCCCGAGGCUCUCUCAACCAUUCAGCCCAUCAUAACCCCACCGGCCCAGGAGGACGUCAAUGGCUCGUACAAUGGUGAUCUAUCGGGUUUUGCCCCGAUCGCCAAUGCCUCGCGGGGAACCCGGGUCAAGGUGUGGAGCUUCUAUCUGACAUUUCUGAAUGCGGUAGUGGAACUGGGUGCAGAAGAAGGAAAACAUGCAUUCGGAAGCACGACAUGGAAGGCAUUGGUGUCGAAGUGUCGCGAUGGGAGCGUUUGGGAGGAUGUCGUCCGCGACGGAUAUGCCGGUGCCGAGGGAGACGUCGACGCAGAAGUCGUGGUGAACUUGUCAACCCUCCUCCUCACGCAUUCACCAUCACAGAGACUCAACCAGCAGCGCAUGGAGACAUACCUUUCCGCCUCGGCUAAUCCGACCUUCGAUGUGUCUUCUCACAUGCAAUCACCCUCCUACAUGCAGCGAAGACAUAGCCAACACAACAAUGGCACCAGCACACCUCGCGACCUCAACACACGACUGAAGCUGCUCGAGCUCUACACCCUUCACGUCCUGCCGAGGAACGAGGAAUGGGACUACGCUCGCGAGUUCAUUAGCAUGAGUGAGGUCCUCGACGACGAACGCAAGGAAGCAUUCUUGCUUGCCCUGCAUAGUCUGAAAGAAGAGAAGGAGGAGACGGAGAUCCGGGAAGCCAAAUUACGCCAGCAGCAGCAGGAACAGAUGGAACAACGCCGUAAAGAGUCAGAGGCCCGCCGGUUAGAACAGUCACGAGCCGAGGAUGAACGGCGGAAACGGGAAGAGGAGAACAGGCGGCAGCCCAUAGGGUCUGACGAGGUGUUCAGGAAAACGCAGAGCCGCCAGGCGCCAUCACCGGCAUCGUCACGCGCAUCACGUCCAGCCAAAAAGGCGGUCAGUCCGCCUCCGAGUUUCUACCACCGAGCCUCGGCCAUGUUUGCGUCGAUGCAACAAGCGAUAUCGAGCACGGCACAGUCUGUCACCACGAAUCCGAUGGCCUUUUUCCGAUUUGUUCUUUUCCUGUUAGCAUUUGCAUUGGCGUUUGGACGACGAGACCUCCGCGAGCGGAUCAAGCGGACGUUGAGCGAGAUGUGGAUGAAGAUCCGCCGCACCGUCGGCAUGGGAGUCAAGGUGUCUUAUAUUUAAUGUUGGAUGUUGUCCGUCUAUCAGUCUGUUCCUCGAUUGUUUUUCGUUACCGUGACACGCAAGUAUGAAAAAAUGUAAUGCUUCUUGUAUCAUAAUUGGAUAGUUCACACUCUCAAUCUGAGUGUAGAUUUUAAAUAUCAAUAUGUCGAAUUUAUAGUCACC